GAAAACGUCGAGAAGUGCUGCUCUACUGGAUAGGCUGUCGCCUAGCGAUGAUGCUGCGUGUGUCGGGAAUUCUGUUUUUCUAGAACAUUGUCUUCGUUAGUAAGGCAGCCGAGCUGGGAAAGACAGCAGAGGGGAAGGCAUACAAAAGAAGGAACAGCAGACGACUGGCGAAUGAAGAGGAUCAUGCCCGGAGCUCCAUGCUGGCUGCUGCUGCUGGGCUCUCUGUCGCUCAGGGUGUGGUCAUUACCAAUUGAGCGCAAUUCGAUUCCCCAGGAUGCCCAGCCCUUUCAGGAGGAGAAGCGGGAAGAUAAUGCGGACACUGGGCUGUACUAUGACAGGUACCUCCGAGAAGUGAUCGAGGUACUGGAGACUGAUCCUCACUUCAGAGAGAAGCUGCAGACUGCCAACGCUGAAGAUAUCAAGAAUGGCCGUCUCAGCAAGGAGCUGGACCUGGUCGGCCACCACGUGCGGACCCGCCUGGAUGAGCUGAAGAGGCAGGAGGUGUCCCGGCUGCGAAUGCUGCUCAAAGCUAAGAUGGACAGUGCCAGCAUGCACAAUCUUCAGGUAGACCACACCUCACUGCUGAAGCAAUUUGAGCACCUGGACCCUCACAACCAGAACACUUUUGAGGCCAAAGAUCUGGAGCUGCUAAUCGCUACGGCCACCAAGGACCUCGAAAACUAUGACGCAGAGCGACAUGAAGAGUUUAAACGCUAUGAGAUGUUAAAGGAACAUGAACGCCGGCAGUAUCUGAAGGGGUUGGACCAGGAGAAGAGGGAGACGGAGGAGAGGAGGCUGCAGGAGCUGCAGGAGAAACACCGGCAACACCCGAAAAUCAAUGCCCCGGGUAGCGUGGCUCAGCUUCGCGAGGUGUGGAAGGAGACGGAUGGCCUGGACCCACAGGAAUUCAACCCCAAAACCUUCUUUAAGCUCCAUGACACAAAUGGCGACGGAGUUCUGGAUGAGCAGGAGCUGGAGGCUCUCUUCACUAAAGAGCUUGAAAAGGUCUAUGACCCACGCAAUGAGGAGGAUGACAUGGUGGAGAUGGAGGAGGAGCGACUGAGGAUGAGGGAGCACGUGAUGAAGAACGUAGAUAUCAACCACGAUCGGUUGGUCAGCCUGGAUGAGUUUUUGAAGUCGUUGGAGAAGAAGGAGUAUUACAGUCCAAAGGAGUGGAAGACCCUGGAUGACACUAAGCCGGUGUAUUCGGAGGCUGAGCUUCAGCAGUUUGAGGCGGAGCUGCGGGAAAAGGAGGCGGAGCUUGGACUCAAGGCAGAGUCUUUGCGUAAGGAGCAGGAGCUGCUGAAUGAGCGAGGCCGAGCGCUGGAAGCGCAGAAGAGGGAGUAUCAACUGGCAGUGAUGGAGAUGUCCCAGAGACAGAAGAACCUGCAGGCAGGAUCUCAGGCUCCCCCUGCAGGGCCUAAUGGGGAGCUGCAGUUUCAUCCAGUAGAGCGAGGUUCACCUGCCAUCGUGUGAAUCGUGUAUGACGGCAUUUCGGGCGCGGGGUCAGCUGGGCUGACAUCCUGCCCCGGAUUCGCGUCCCCAUACCUCAGUGGAGCACGGUGCCGCCUCCCCCCAGAUCGAUGCUCUUCCAGAAUCACGCACCCAGCACUUGGACCCGCGAUGGCACGCCCACACACCGCGCCAGCUUCACGUUUGUUGUGUGGUCUUGCAUUUUAAUAAAGGGGCUGUUUUCACAAUA